AUGGCGCUAGUCUCCGUCGUCGGGUUCGAUGUGGGCAACGACACGUCCUGUGUGGCACUGGCCCGCAAGCGCGGCAUUGAUGUAAUCAUGAACAAGGAGAGCAAGCGCGAGACGCCCGCGGCAAUUAAUUUUGGCGAGAAGAUGCGCUUUUUGGGCACUGACGGAGCCGCCAAGCUCGGCCUGCAACCGCAAAACACGGUGCACCAGCUGAAGCGCAUCCUGGGCAAGAAGUUCCAAGACCCCCUGGUCCAGGCGGACAUUGCAAAGCUACCGUUUGCGGUUCUGGAGGGUCCCGACGGAGGCUGCCUCAUCAAAGUGCGCUACUGCAAUGAGGACGCGAUCUUCACUCCGGAGCAGGUGAUGGCCAUGAUCCUGGUUGACUUGAAGCGAAUUGCGGAGGCGGAGAGCGGCAUUCCCGUGACCGACUGCGCCUUGUCGGUGCCCACCUACUUCACGGAGGCGGAGCGGUACGCCAUGCUCAAUGCUGCGCAGAUUGCUGGUGUAAACUGCCUGCGUCUCAUCAAUGAAACGACCGCCACGGCCCUGGCGUAUGGCAUAUACAAGACGGAUUUGCCGGAGGCGGAUCCCGUGCACGUGGUGUUUGUGGAUGUAGGCCACUCGCACACCCAGGUGUCCGUGGUUUCUCUCCUGCGCAGCAAGCUCGUGGUGAAGUCCCAUGCGUGGGACCGCAACCUGGGCGGCCGCGACUUUGAUGAGGUGCUGUUCGACCACUUUGCCGCUGAGUUCAAGGCCAAGACCAAGUUGGACAUCCGUGCUAACAAGAAGGCCUCCUUCAAGCUGCGCACGGCCGUUGAGAAGGUUAAGAAGACGCUCAGUGCCAACAGCGAGGUGCCGCUCAACGUGGAAUGCAUCUUUGAGGAUGAGGACCUGCGCGGCAUGAUGACCCGCGAGCACUUUGAGCAGCUGGCGGAGCCCAUCCUGGCCCGUCUGAGGGCGCCCAUGGAGGACGCGCUGCGGGAGAGCAAGUUGUCGGUGGAGGACAUUAGCAGCGUGGAGGUGGUGGGCUCUUGCACUCGCAUGCCGGCGGUGUGCCGCAUCGUAGAGGAAGUGUUUAAGAAGGCCCCUAGCCGUACGAUGAACAGCAAGGAGUGCGUCAGUCGCGGUGCCGCCCUCCAGUGCGCCAUGCUGUCGCCCGUCUUCAAGGUUCGCGAGUUUGAGGUGGUUGAUGCGGCUCCGUUGCCCGUGUGCAUGUCCUGGGAGGGCAAGGAUGGAGCGGCGGUCACUCAGGUGCUGUUUGCCCGAGGCGAGGCUUUCCCGAGCAGCAAGAUGAUUUCCUUCAACCGCUCUCAGCCCUUCACUGUCCGCGCGCAUUACGCUCUGGACACGCCUCCGGAGUUGCUGCCGCCCGCGUUCGACAAGAACCUUGGCGUGUACACAAUCGGGCCCUUCCAGGUCCCGGCAGGAGCCGAGACCGCCAAGCUCAAGGUCAAGGUGGAGCUCAACUUGCAUGGCCUGAUUCAAGUGCAGCAGGUGCAAUCGAUUGAGGAGACGGAGGAGGAGGCUCCAGCACCAGCGUCGACGCCUACAGCGGACGUGAAGAUGGACGAGGCCGCCGCUGCCGCCGCCGCGUCAAGCAACGGCAACCCCGCCGCGUCAGCGCCGGCCAGGAAGAAGAAGGUUAAGAAGACGGACGUGCCGUUCCAAGCCAGCAGUGUUUGCGGCUACAGCAAAUCACAGCUGGAUGACUACUUUGAGAAGGAGCACCAGAUGCAGGCGGCGGAUCGGCUUCAGGAGGAGACCAACGAGCGCAAAAACGCACUGGAAGGGUAUGUGUACGACCUGCGCAACAAGCUGUACGACGCCUAUGCGCCGUACAUCAAGGAGGCUGACAAGGAGGUGUUGCAGGGCCAGUUGACGGCCAUGGAGGACUGGCUGUACGACGAGGGCGAGGACACCACCAAAAGUGUCUACAUCGCCAAGUUGGACGAGCUGAAGGCCAAGGGGGCGCCUGUUGAGCGCAGGUACGCGGAGGAUCAGACUCGGGGAUCUGCCGUGGAGGGGCUGCGAUCCACCCUGGAGCACUACCGUUCACUGGCGCGCUCCGACCGGCCGCAGUACGCGCACAUCUCCCCAGAGGAGCGCGCGACGGUGCUGAAGGAGUGCGACGCGGCGCAGGCAUGGCUCGACGAGCGGCUGGCGCUGCAAGCCAACCUGACCAAGGCGGACGAGCCGGCGCUCCUCACGGCGGACAUCAACAAGAAGCGCGACACGGUCGAGCGGGCAUGCAAACCCAUCAUGAGUAAGCCAGCGCCGCCGCCACCAACGCCGCCACCCGCGGCGGCGUCGCCCGCGGCGGAGCCGGAGCCUAUGGAGUCGGAGGCGACUCCGGGGCCGGAGGCUGGCUCGGCACCGGAGGCGGAGGCGGCCGCGGGUGCUGAGGCCUCGCAACCAAUGGAGACCGGGAACUGA